UAACUAACAAAGAUAUACAAGUUCUUAAACUCCUUCAAUUAGGUUUUUCUACUCUCCAAACACUCCAAACACUUUCAAUCUCCCAAGUUUCAUGGCGCCCAACGGAGAAACCCUUGUUAAUUCCUAUACUAGGAAUGACUUCCGCAAGCCUCCAGGUCUCUCAAUGCAAGGACUCCAGAGAGCAGUGUCAGACCUCUCCUAUGAGCUGAGCAAAGAAGCGAUGGACACGAAGCUCACGCCCAUCUCCGAGGUGGAAGAUGCUAAGUGUGAGUGCUGUGGCAUGUGCGAGGAGUGCACGCCAGAGUACAUACGGCGAGUGCGUGACAAGUUCCGUGGGAAGUGGAUAUGUGGGUUGUGUGCUGAGGCAGUGAAGGAAGAGGUAGAGAAGAAUGGUGGGGUAGAAGAGGAAGCUUUGAGUACACAUAUAAGUGCAUGUGUGAGGUUUAAUAGAAUAGGUAGGGCUUACCCGGUUUUGAAUCAAGCUGAAGCUAUGAGGAAGAUACUUAAGAAGAGUAGUCAGAUGGAGGGGAGAGGAUUUAGGGCUAAGUCCAAUAGCCCUAAAGAUCAUAGGGGGAGUUCAAUGAAGGGAGGGAUUGCGAGGAGCUCGAGUUGCAUUCCGGCGAUCACGAGGGAAAUGAGCGAUCGGAUUUCGCUUGGUUGAUUGGCCUGAUCAUAGGGCUGUGUGUGUGAACGUGCUUGUUAGGAGGGUGGUGUGCAUGGGUCAUUUUGGUGAAAUGGUCUUUAUUUGCUCCCUUUCUCUUGUGGGUCAUUUUUUGUUGAGUUAUCAACAUUCCUACAUUUUGCCCAUUAGGGUUUUUGGAGAAUCAUAUUUCUCCUCCUUUCCAACGGGUAUUUUAGUUGGAUGACUAACUAUCCUGGCAAUCAAUACCUUUUUUUCCCUGUUGGGUUUUUUUUUGGGUGGCGCUGUCAUUAGGGUUAGGGUUAUCUCUCUUAUAGGACUCGUACUCAUCUUCUCUCUCUCUCUCUCUCUCUCUCUCUCUCAGGUAUCACUAUGACCUUGCUCCACUUUGACGUACAAUGACUACGGAAAUGAAUGUAACGAGGGCUACUUGUCAGAGGUUAUGAAGACCAAUCACAAUGGCCCCCACCAACCCAUUAUUGGAUCCUAACCAACUUCCUAUUUGUAAUUUGUAAGGACUUUAAUUUCCCGAAUAAUGUAAUUCGAAUGAUAUAAUAUGAAUGACUAUUUUCAA